GCACACACGGCUCGUGCUCAGUGUGCGUGCGGAGCGUGGACUCGGUUGGAUCGCGUCCGGAGCGAGUUUUUUUUUUUAAGACCAACGGGAAACUUUGAGGACUUGUGACCGCCUCUGCUGCACUCCUGCCCGGAUCUCACCGUGUCCUCGUCCAAACAAAAUGGCGGUGUGGACGUGCAGCUGGGUCACGCCGCUGCUGUUACUCUGCAGUUUCACACAGUUUUCUGCGGAGGCGAGUCCGGAGGUGAACGAGACGCAGCAGCAGCAGCCGACGAACGUUUACCACGACAUGGGUCUGACCAGGAACAAGAUCGUCACGGCUCAGUUUGAGUGUUACCAGAAAAUACUCAGGGACUCUGCAACGGACAGGACGGACUCGAUGUGUAACCGGACGUGGGACGGUUGGUUGUGCUGGGACGACACCAAAGCAGGAAUCGUCGCGCAACAGCACUGUCCGGACUACUUCCAGGACUUUGACCCGUCAGAGAUGGUGACGAAGAUCUGCACCGACGGCGGACAGUGGUUCCUCCAUCCAGAGAGCAACCGAACGUGGACCAACUACACGCGAUGCAACGAGCACACGAGCGAGGGGAGAGUGACGGCCAUGAACCUGUUCUACCUGGCUCUGAUCGGACACGGCCUCUCGCUCACCUCGCUCUUCGUCUCUCUGGGGAUCUUCUUCCACUUCAAGAGUCUAAGCUGCCAGAGGAUCACGCUCCAUAAAAACCUCUUCUUCUCGUUCGUCUUAAACUCGGUGAUCACCAUCAUCUGGCUCACGGCGGUCGCCAAUAAUCAGGAGCUGGUGCAGAGGAACCCGACGAGUUGUAAAGUGUCUCAGUUCAUUCAUCUUUACCUGUUUGGCUGUAAUUACUUCUGGAUGUUGUGCGAGGGCAUUUAUCUGCACACGCUCAUCGUGGUCGCCGUGUUCGCCGAGAAACAACAUCUGCUCUGGUACUACCUCCUCGGAUGGGGUUUCCCGCUGAUUCCCGCUUCGAUUCACGCCAUCGCCAGAAGUUACUACUACAACGACAAUUGUUGGAUCAGCUCUAAAACGUCUCUGCUCUACAUCAUCCACGGGCCCAUCUGCGCCGCCCUGCUGGUGAAUCUGUUCUUCCUGUUGAACAUCGUGCGUGUUCUCAUCACUAAACUCAAAGUGACGCACCAGGCAGAGUCCAGUCUGUACAUGAAAGCCGUGAGGGCCACUCUGAUCCUGGUGCCGCUGCUCGGGAUCCAGUACGUCCUCCUGCCGUACAAACCCGAGGGCCGCGUGUCGUCAGAGAUCUACGACUACAUCAUGCACAUACUCAUGCACUAUCAGGGUCUCCUGGUGGCAACGAUCUUCUGCUUCUUCAACGGAGAGGUGCAGGCGGUUCUGCGCAGACACUGGUCCCAGUACCAGCUGCAGUUCUCCAGCGUGGGGAACCAUUCCGACGCCCUACGCUCCGCCUCCUACACGGCCUCCUCCAUCACCGAGGUCCAGACCACCGACGUCCAGGGGGGGUACUGCCUGGAACCCCCCAAAACGGAGCUCCUCAACGGGAAGAGCUGCCCCGAAGACACCUCCCUGUUCAGGCACGACGGACCCUUCAACUGAAUCAGGAGGAGGAGGAGGAGGUGCGGAGGACGAGGAGGAGGAGGUCUGGGAACAUCCACUGUGACGAAACGAUCUACUCUGCAAAAACAAAAUGAAGGAAUCUUUGCGCGAGUUGAAAUGACAGAUUGAGAAGUUUGAGCAGUUUCGACUCGUUUCGAUUCAUUAAAUUACAACCAAAACUGAAAUGUUGACCCUAUGACAUCACCUUUUUACGUUUCGUUUUACUUCUACGUCGUUUUAACUCCAACACAUCACAUAUUUGGAUCACCGCGUUUCCUUUUAUCGUUCCGAAAAUGCCGUAUUCACCCCGAAAAAACAUUACCGCGUUUUGUAAGUUUCACUCGUUUCGCUCGAUUUCUCUCCAAACUAAGUCCCUCCCCCUUCAAAGCGCUAAAAAAAACAUAAUCACCGCGCGUCCCGCUAACGAAACAAACGCACCGGGGUUUGAAUAUGGCCCGGGAGAGAUCGCUAAAUUGCUCAAACGUGCGUGGAUGACGACUAAAGCGUCUUCGCGCAGGUUUUUGAUGAUGGAACAAUGAUUAAAAAUGGGAUAAAUCUAUAAAAAAAAGACACUGGCAACUCAAGUUCAGUUCUGAUCAUCGUUUUGUGGUUCAUUUUUACACCAGGAACAGCGCAGACGACACAUAUUUUACGUUUCUAAAUGUAAAAAGGUGACGUAAGUCCAGUUUCCGCGAGUCCUACACAGUCUUUUCUGCUCAGUUUAACAGUUUAGAACCAACUUAGUCCUAAAAAAACCUGAUAUUGGCUGAGCGGAGCUGGUGGAAACGAGGCUACGGUAAAUUUGAAUAGCGCCAACGUUUCAUUUUUUGAGCGCGUACUUUCCAAAACCUACAAAGUGUCGACGAGCUACAGCUAGGCCUGUCACGAUAAUCAGUACAUCGACUUA